AUGAAAACAAAUAAUUAAUAAUAGCAAUAAAAAUAUUAAACUCCAAUAAAAAACAAAUUUAAUUAAGAAUAUAAAUAUUCCGAAAUAUCCAAAAGCGACGAAGAAAUCGCUUCCACAACAGUAGAAACAAAAAUAUAUACAAAAUAUAGCAAUCAAAGCAAAAUAUAAUAUUUAAUACUGUUUCUUACAAUAUGUGCAAAUUUAGGAAAUUAUUUUUCUGACGAUUUUCCUGCAAUUUUAGAAAAAUAAAUUAAAACACAUUUAUAAAUAAAUAGUCUUUAAUACAAUUUAUUAUAUACAGUUAUGAGUAUUCCUCCUUUAGCAUUUUUAAUUGGAUAUUUAAUUGAUAAAUUAGGAGUUUUUAAAGUUAUGAUUACACUUAAUAUUUUGUAAACUUUAGGUUAAAUUAUGUGUACUUAUGGUAUUUAUUGCGAAAACUAUUAUAUUUUAUUAGCUGGGCGAUUGAUUUUUGGAAUAGGAUUAGAAAAUUAUAAUAUUUGUGGGUAUAAUAUGAUAUCUAAAUGGAUAAAAAAUAAUAAUAUAUCUCUAGCAAUGGGACUUAUAGUUAGUUUUGGUAGAAUUUCAAUGGUAACUUCAUCUUUUCUAUACCCUUAAUAUUAUGAUAAGGAACAAAUAUUAUGGAAAUCUGUAAUUUUGGGUGCUUACGUAUGUAUAUUUUCACUUUUUAGUGUAUUUGUAUUAUAUUUUUUUGACAAAAAAUAUGCAUUUUAAAGCAAAAAAAAUGGGCAUUCAAUAGGGUAAGAAAAAGUUGAUUUGGCUGAUAUUAAACAUUUUAAAUUAAUAUUUUGGCUUAUAGUUUUACUUAUUAUGAUUACAUUUAUGAUUUUAGAACCUUUUAUGUUUAAUAUGUAAGAAAUUUUAAUUGAUAGAUAUAAAAUUCAUAGAAAUCAUGCUAGUAAUUUAUAUACUUUCCCUUUUAUUUUAGGAGCUUUUUUUAUUCCUAUUAUUGGGUUUCUUUCUGAUAAAUAUGGAAAAAAAGGUUAUUUUGCAAUCGCUGGAGGCUUAUUUUUUAAUGGAAGUUUUUUAGUUUUUUAUACUAAAGAUUCAUGUUCUAGUCCUCAUGAAUGCUAUUUUGUGGUUAUUUUUGCACUUUCUUUACUUGGUAUUGGUUAUGGAAUUAUUUAAUCAAUUGUUUGGCCUUCUAUUAAUCUUGUUGUUGAUUAAAAAAAUCUUGGUACUGCAGGUGGAUUAGCUAAUUGUUUCUUAUAAACGGGACUUUUUAUUAAUCCUAUUGCUAUAGGAAUAAUUAUUGAUUUGACAAUUAAAAAGUUUUAAUUUGAUAUUGCUAUUUUAUAUGGACUUCUUUCAACUUUAUUAAUUACUAUUUUUGCUGGUUUGAUUAAUUUUAUAGAUAUUUUCGGAGAAAAAAAGUUAUAUGUUUCAUAUACUGAUGGUGAUGAAGAUGAAGAAUAAGAAUAUGAGGAAUUUAAGAAUUAAUGA